UCAAGCUGAACUGCUUAUUUAUUAAUUCUACGUUUAGAUUGAACUUCUUGAGUUUGUUACAAACAAUGUGGAUAUUUGGAUAUGGAUCAUUGACAUGGAAGACCAAUUUUCCGUAUACGGAACGGUUAGUUGGCAGUGUGAAAGGCUAUGCCAGGAGAUUUUGGCAAGCAAGCUUGGACCACAGAGGAGUGCCCGAAAAGCCUGGAAGAGUAGUCACCCUCAUCGAAACACCAGGGGAGGAUGUAUGGGGUAUUGCCUAUCAUGUCGCCGAGAGUGAUAGAGACAGUGUGAAGGAGUAUCUUGACUUCAGGGAAAAGAAUGGCUACACCACGAAAGCCGUGAUGUUUUAUCCGAUUCAGUCUCCGGAUGGCUCCGUUCAAGAACCCUUGGAAGUCCUGGUCUACAUUGCCACUCCCUGUAACCCUUCGUUUCUAGGACCUGCUCCCCUGGAAGAGAUAGCCAAUCAGAUCCUUCGCUCUGAGGGACCCAGUGGGAAGAACAAGGACUACUUGCUGCAGCUUGCUGUCACCAUGAGAAAGCUGGUCCCAGACUGCAACGAUGCACAUCUUUUUGAGCUGGAAAGACUAGUGAAGGGACUGAUGGCAGAAGAUAAUAGUCAAACCGUCCAUCAUCGAGACAAGGAAAAUGAUACCAUGGUACAUGUAUGAUGCUAAAAGCUUGUUCUUAAAGGGGAAUGAAAUCUUUGGAACAAGAUAGCUUAAGUGUGA